AUGGACUCCAGCAGCAAUCAAAACCUACCCAGAUCGUCUCUUGCAAAGGAGCUUCCACCAGUUGAUUUAUUUGUGACAACAGCAGACCCUGAGCUUGAACCACCCAUUAUCCCAGUGAACACUGUGUUGUCUCUGUUGGCACUUGAUUACCCAACUCACAAGCUUGCUUGUUAUGUUUCUGACGAUGGUUGCUCCCCUCAUACCUUCUACGCUCUUCAAGAAGCCUCUAAAUUUGCAAAGUUUUGGGUACCAUUCUGUAAGAAGUAUGAUGUGCAAGUUAGAGCUCCAUUGAGGUACUUCUCUGAUAAGCCUGCAGUUUCCAUGGCCAACGAAACAUCAGAAUUCAAACAAGAAUGGUUACAGAUGAAAGAGAAAAGGCCAAAACAGUCACAUCAUUUCAAAGCUGGUGCUAUGAAUGUGUUGACAAGGGUAUCUGGGUUGAUAACCAACGCUCCCUUUAUGUUGAACGUGGACUGUGACAUGAUUGUAAACAAUCCAAAGGUUGUUCUGCAUGCCUUGUGCAUUCUGCUUGAUUCCAAAGGUGAAAAAGAAGUUGCAUUUGCUCAAUUUCCCCAACAGUUCUAUGCUACAUUGAAGGACGAUCCUUUUGGAAAUCAAAUGGCAAUCUUUAUCAAGUACUUGACUGCUGGAAUGGCUGGUUUGCAAGGACCUUUCUACAGUGGAACAAACUGCUUAAAUAGAAGAAAAGUUAUAUAUGGUCUUUCUCCUGAUAGCAUGGAAAAUGGAAAUAGUUUAUCAGAGGAGGAAUUAGAACAAAAGUUUGGAGAUUCAAAGGAGAUUGUGAAAACAGUUGCUCAUGCUUUUGAGGGGAAGACAUAUUUGCCUAGUGAUGUUAAUAUUUCUAUCGUUGUUGACAUUGCAACCCAAGUUGCUAGUUGUGGAUAUGAACAUGGCACUGGCUGGGGCAAACAGGUGGGUUGGAUAUAUGGAUCAAUAACAGAGGACAAACUCCUUGGACUGACCAUACAUGAAAAAGGUUGGAGAUCAGAAUUGUGUACACCAAACCCAAUUGCCUUCACUGGAAUUGCUCCAGGAGGUGGCCCAACUGCAAUGGCUCAACAAAAGAGAUGGGCCAUAGGAUUGCUUGAGAUCUUCUUUAGCAAGCACUGUCCUCUUUUUGGCACCAUGUUCCAUAAGCUUACUUUGAGACAAUGCUUAGCAUAUAUGUGGAUCAUCAACUAUUGGGGCCUAAAGUCAAUCUUUGAAGUUUCCUAUGCAUGUCUCCUUUCUCAUUGCAUUAUCACCAACUCCAACUUCUUGCCCAAGGACCUAGGCAUGUGUAUUGCCAUUGCAUUUUUCACAGUUUACAAGAUAUAUACUAUAUCAGAAUAUUUGGCAGCAGGACUGUCAUUUCGAGCAUGGUGGAACAAUCAAAGGAUGUCGAGAAUAGCAUCCAUGAAUGCUGGUUUUUGUGCAUUUAUUUGCAUCCUACUUAAAAUGUUAAGAAUAUCUGACACUAUAUUUGACAUAACAAAGAAAGAUGUACCUCUGACAGAUGAUGUUAGAGAUGAUAAGGAUGCUGGUCGGUUCACCUUUGAUGAGUCCCUAGUUUUCUUGCCAGGCACUACCAUUUUGUUGUUGCAGUUGUCGAUAUUGUUUAUGAAGUUAUUGAGAUUGCACCCACUAAGUGAAUGUGGAGUAGUUGAGAUUUUUUGUAGUAUUUAUUUGGUAAUUUGCUAUUGGCCAUUUUUUAGAGGAUUAUUUGAGAAAGGGAAGUAUAGGAUUCCCUUCUCCUUGAUAUACAAGUCAAUUAUCUUAACAUGUUUCUUUGUACACUUAUGUAAAGGAACCAUUGAUGGUUAA